AUGGCUACACCGUCCACUGAGCCUCAUAUGGACUCCGAACUUGGAGAAGCGAAUGUUGCUGCCGACGAACAAAUACAUACACAAGUAACGGCGGACCCCAGCAGCAAGCAGAAUGACUUUGCUCGGCUAUCAAGGGCAAAGCGUAAGAAGCGCAAACAGCAGCAAUUUAGGAAAGCCUUGGCAGAAAUGAUGGCCAGCUUUCAAACCGUUUUCGAAGACUCCGAUGCGGACAUAUCUGAUCUGGACGACCCACACGCCGAAGGAGAAGAACUCGUUGACGAUACAUAUACACCAGGAAGUGACGACCCAGCCUCACCAAAGCGCCAGGCGCGGCGCACCGAUCUUUACACCGAAGGACGUAAGUUGCACGGCAAUUCGUACAACGGAGCACCGCGCCGUCGUAGCAUUGAAAACGACGAAACGAUCGAGACGGGCGAAAACCUGCACCACGUCCUUGGGAGGAAGGGCACUAUGAUCGAAGAGGUCAAACCUAGCGCCAUUCAGUACGAGACAGAGCUUUACGAAUACCAAAGGGUACCUGAUGGGGAUGCUGAUGAGGCCGUUGUUGUGGAUAUCACUUCCUCGUUAGCACCGCGAAAGGUCACCAGACUUGGGGCACGCUCAGGUACCGAUAGCUCAAACCGACACCAGUACUGCUUCAAAGUCGUGCACAUGUUCUCGGUGCCUUACUCGAACAGACGAGGACGCUCGACCAAUCUGAGAUCCCCAAGACGAGCCAGAUCGCGCAGUGUCGAUUCGGUGGGUGAAGAAUACCGCACGGCACAUAAAAGAGAUUACUCCAGGGGUCGUCCUGCGGAUUCCGUCAAAGUCACAGCUGGAUUGGGGAAUUAUCUGGUCAUUUAUUCCGAUGUAAUCAUGUCCGCUAUCAGAAGCAGUGUCAAGUCAUACCCAGGACUAUCACGAGCGUUCGAACACAUGAUUAUUCCAGCACCUUACACGCUUUUGGUGCAUUACCGUAAGGAGUUGCAAGAACACAGUGACUGUCUCCCUGAAGAGACAAUAUCCGCUCAAUCCGGGAUGCCCGCACUUGCCGACAAUCAGGAAGGCGGAGAUGAAGAUGAGGAGGAUCGAAAGGUGAAGAAAGUGCCGGUCCUACCUCGCAAGGAACACAUCCCACUGCUACUAAACUACGUUUUCACACCUGAACUGACCUCACAGGUGGAAGAUGAGCUGUCCCGAAGAGGGAAACCCGUGCCAACGUGUACAUAUGCAAUGGCAUGGCUGCUAUUCCGCCCUGGAACAAUGGUGUAUGCGUGGGGAGCUGGUGGCCUUGACUCGGCCUACAUCGUCGACUAUUAUGAUCUGGAAGGACUCUACGCAAGAAAAGACAAUAGGGUUCGCACCGGAAAAGCAGCUGGCGGACUUGCCGAUCCACUAGUACCCCCAACUGUUCCACGAGGGGAGUCGGCUGAAUUCAGCCCAGUACCAAAGUCGAUCAUUGUCAAGAUGCACUACCUUGAGUUCGAUGGCGAGCAUGUCGGUCGCAGACCCCGGACGGUGACUAUAGCCCCUUUCGAAGGAGAGAAAGAGAUCGCCUCACUACCUGUAUAUCCUGCGGAAUUUGCCCGAGAUCCCAAAGUUCGCGAAUAUCUGGUCGCAAGAGGAGACAAGUACAUCAAGCUCUGUCAGCCAAGCUACAUGUCCUACAAAGGGGAUACAAUCGCGACGGUAUCGACUCCUUCCCGGAAGAUCAAUGGGCGGGUGAUGAUCGACUCACGAACGUUCUACAAUGACGGAGAAUCAGCAGACCGCAUCUUGAGACUUAAAGUGCCCACUGAGGACGGCAUUAUCAUCUCAGACAGCUCAACAGGCAGUGAUUCCAGCGCAAUCUCGGACUCGCGCUAUCACAAUCGCAGGCGAAGGAGAAAUUACCGGAGAAGGAUUCGAGACUUCAAGAAGGGCGCCGCUCGUGUCAGAGGCAUGGCGGACUACGAUCUCGUCGAACCCAGCAAAAUCCAAUUCACCAAUGAGCAAUACAUGCUAUUCCCUGCCAGGAUCUGGGGGUUUGUGCUAAGGGAGCGGCGAUGGUACCUGCUCAAUAUCGACAACGUGAAGGAUCCACACUUUCAGGAGAAUAUCAUUGACGACCUGGUACUGAAAGAGGAGGCGAAGAAUCUCAUUCAAGCUCUCUCGAACACUGCAACGGAAGACACGACUACUGAGGGUCAAAGCGAAAGUUUUGGUCACUGGAGCGCAGACAUCGUGCAGAACAAAGGCGAGGGCCGUAUCUUUCUGCUCCAUGGAAGGCCGGGUGUUGGCAAGACAUCUACGGCAGAAUGUGUCGCUGAAUCCGCCCAAGUGCCGCUACUUGCUAUCACCUGCGGCGAUCUAGGCAUCGAACCCAACGAAGUUGAACGAGCAUUGAUGAAGUGGUUCAAGCUGGCGACACUGUGGAAAGCCGUGCUCCUUCUCGACGAAGCGGACGUGUACCUCGAGUCCCGCAUGAGCGGCGACCUGGCGCGCAAUAGCUUGGUGUCCAUUUUCCUGCGAGCGCUGGAAUACUACCAAGGCGUUUUGUUCCUGACGACCAAUCGAGUCGGCACAUUUGACGAAGCCAUGCUCUCCCGUAUUCAUGUCGUGUUGCACUACCCUGCCUUCGACGACUCCGAGAGACAGACGAUCUGGAACACAUCCUUUCGGAAACUCAGCGAGGAGAGGCCCGAUGUCAAGGUCGGACCGGGCCUGAUGGAAUAUGCACUGGAGAAUCAACGCGUACUUGAUCUCAAAUGGAAUGGGCGCGAGAUUCGGAAUGCAUUCAACACGAUCGUUGCGCUGGCCGAGUUCGAUGCUGAGAAGAAGAGGCGUGCUGGACGGGCGACGGCACAAAUCGUGCUUGAGCGGAGUCAUCUUGUGCAGGUUGUCAAGAUGAGUGAGGAGUUCAAGAAGUAUAUGAAGAGUACGAGGGGUUUGGAUGAGAGCGCAUUGGCGAAGGCGUUGAAGAUCAGGGAUGAUAGGGACGCGCAGAAGAUCAUGCAGGCUGUUAAAUCGUGAUCGGAUUGAGAGCAGAUUCUGAGCAGCUAUGGAAGGGGUAUGCGUAUAUAUAAUUGUUGUACGCCCAGUGGGG